AUAUAAAAGCGACUCGAAGCUCAGUGUCACAUCACACCUACGAGUAACGUAGCCAACACCAACCCUCAUCAUGAUCAAAGCUACCAUCUUCGCCGCCCUCUUGGCCGUGGCCGCUGCCAGGCCAGAUGCUCCCCGCCGGUCAUACGCCGCUCCCCCCGCCAACACCUACUCUGCCCCCCGCUCCGACGACAGCAGCGAAGAGGUCGCCAUCCUCCGUGACGACCGCGUGUACCCCAGCGCCGCCGGCGAGUACAGCCUCGACUUCGAAACUGCUGAUGGCACCAAGAUCUCCGAGUCCGGCUACGGCUCAGGCCCCGAUGGCGCCGUCGAGACCCAAGGAUCCGUGAGCUUCACCCACCCCGACGGUGAACGUGGGCAAAUUAGAUGA